AUGGUUUUACAGUGUACAUGUGAUUGCCAGUGUAGUAGUAAUAGUCGAGAUAAACGGAGAAGCAUCAACAUCUCCUGCCUGCCAAUAGGAAAAAGAGGAGCUGCUGCUGGCGGUGGUGAUAUGGAUCUAAAGAUUCCAUACUAUAGACGUCUUUCGAAUAGCAAUACCGCACUCACCACAUCCUCAGCAGCGCUCUAUGGCAGUUGCCCACAACUAGUACCAAAUUCCGGGAGUCCUCCACCCAAUCGAGCAGCGAACGUCAACGCCAACGCCAACGCCAGCAUCGCUGCCGCUGCUGCUGCUGCUGCCACAGUGCUUUGCCAGAAAUGUGCACUGUGA